AUGAGUCACUACGGCUGGAAUCUGAUGAGCUCAGGCCACCGCGCCCUCCUGCCCCUGCCAGUGGGGUCACCACCCCCUCUGCCUCAUCUGGAUCUGCUCAACAGCUGGAGGGAGCCCCUCCCUCCCCCACCCCCAAACCCCUCCCAGCCUUUAGAGCCAUUGUCUGGAGAAGCGGCUGCUGCAGGCAGGGGGCUGGCCAUCCCUACUGACUGCCUCCCACAGGGCAGGCGUUCACCCCAUGAGUCACUAGGGCUGGAAUCUGAUGAGUUCAGGCCACCGCACCCAGGGCUGCCUGGCCUCCUUCCUGGCCCUGCCAAGGGGUCCCAGCUCCCCACUCCUGCACCCGGGAACCCCACCGCAGCAGGACGAAGCUCUACCCCGCCCACCCCCACUCCCCCAGACCCCAGCGCUUCACAGGAGAAGGGCCAGGAGAAUUCUCUGCCCUCUGGCCCUCCCCCCUUCCUUUGGCCAUCUAGGUCUCUGGUGCAUCUGGAUUUGCUCAACAGCUGGAGGAGACGCCGCCCCCUUCCCCAGCCUCUGGGAGAUCAGCGCAGAGGAGGGGCGAGCACUUUCACCUGGCCGAGGAGGUUGGGAGGGAGCGGCCAAGGCUCCUUCCCUGAGGGGGAGGCAUCUAAGUUGGUCCUGGAAGGAGGUGGGUGCGGGCCCAGAGCCCCGGACCCGGGAAGAGCCAGGGAAGGCGGAGGCAGCCCCAACCUUUCCCAGGCCCGGAUCGCAGAAGGCAGGAAGUAUCCCGGGGCGGGCAGAGAGGCAGCAGGAAUGGCUGGUCCCAGAGCCUGGCUGGGGCUUGAGGAGCUCCCCAGGGCCCUGCCCCUUCCACCUCUCCUGGCCCCGGGGGCCCAGUGGCCCACAAGCAGCUGUGUUUACUUCCAGGGGCCCAGCUCCCCUGGGGAGCAGAGCCGAUCCCCCCCGAGAGGGAGCCCUGGGAGAGGGAGCGCAGUGCUCAGAAGGAGCCCCGGUGGGGGGAAGACGGGUUCAAAUCCUGGCUCAGAGACCUUGGCUAAGGCCCUCGAGAUGCAGUGGGGGAGGGGUCUUGGCGACUUCCCCACUUGGGACCUGGGCCAGGACCCUGACCCUCUCCGGGCCUCGGUUUCCUCUGCGAUCCAGAACAACUCUAAAUCCCUGAUGCAUCCUCCUGCCUCCCGCCCCCAGCCCAGGAUCCCCUGGGCCUCAGUUUCCCCAUCUGUGAAGUGA